GAGCUGAGGAGAUGAUAAAGCCGGGAAGAAGGGUGAGAAAGGCGAGCGGAGCUGGGCGAGCGGGGAUGGGGAGGAGGGCGUGAGCAGGGCUGCUGCGGGGCCGUGCCCGGUGGCGCGGUGCUGCCCGGGCGGCAGCGGCGGGGAGCGGGACGGCGCCAUGGGCUGCGGAGGCAGCAGGGCCGACGCUAUCGAGCCCCGCUACUACGAGAGCUGGACGCGGGAGACCGAGUCCACCUGGCUGACCAACACCGACUCCGAGAGCCCGCCGCAGGAGGGCGGCAGCGCCGAGGCGAGCGGCCCGCGCCCCGGUCUUCUGGAGGAUGGGAAAUCAGCACAGACAGCUGUAACUGCAGCAUCAGCCACAGCUGGAACGCUGAACACCGAGAAGAAGAACAAUUGUGGUUCUCAGUGUGUGAACUCUAUGGUCCAUGGUAUGGGAGCUACAACGCAGAGACAGAACGGCUUCAAGACAGCAGAGAGUAAAUGGGACACACAGAAAAUGGCCACAAAAGAAGUUGCCAUUAAUGUUACAAAAAACAUCAGACAAAGCGACAGAAGGAAAACAAAGAAUUGUGUCAAUUAAUAAGGAAAAGCACAGGUGAGGAUGGACCUAACAGGGCUUCACUGCAAUUUAAAUGUCAUCAGUCACUGAAGAUACGAAGAUCUCCAGAUGUUCCAAGUUGAAUGCAGCAGGAUGCUGCUGCUGCUGAGCACCCUCAGAAGCAUGUCGUGUAGAAGCCAGCUGCAGACACUGUAGGAUAUUUGGAUGUCAUUUGCCUAAAGCAAUGGCACUGCGCAGACAUGUGACAAAAUUUGUGUCAUUUGGUUUUUACUAAGUCUUGUGUUAUUUCCUUGUACAUCCUGUUCUUCAUUACUAUUAGGAUGAGGCUGGAGGAUGAGAGGUACACUUCAUUGCAAUUUAAGCCAGGAAAUGAAGAAAUUAAUCUGCAUUUUUAGUCAUAAAAUUAAUUUAAACUGCUCACUAUCAUAAAACUCAAACCCAGAAACUGACACAAAGGCCAUUCCUACUAAAUCUCCUUUAAACUAUAUAUUGAUUAUAUAUACUGAAGUCAUAUAAUAACCUUUUUAUAUAUUAAUCCUUUCAUUACUUAGUUUUAAUUUAUUUUCUGUAUUGGCAGGAUUUAGGUCUUAAACCCAGUAUCAUUCAUAUCGCAAUGACAGCUCCAAAAAUUAACUUUACUUGAUCAGACAUAGCGGAUUUGCUAUGCAGACACUUACCUGUAUCAUAGUACUUCAUGUUUAUCAUAAAUACACAGCUAAAAGGAAUAUCAAUGUUCAGUGUAGCAAAGACCAGGAAUUAAUUCAAUUUACUGCUUCUCAGUAUAGAAGUAAUAAUACACGUUCUCUGUGAGUUUGUAUGUUUAUGAAGAUAAGAGUUAAAUUUAUUUGCCUCCCCCAUUAGACAUACGAAUAUCCUUAGAUGGCCAUUUAAAGUAACUAUUCAGAAGCUGUUCAUAAAAGACAGGUGACACUGGGAAGAAAAUCCAUGUAUGAGCUGUAAAAAGUCCUUUUUACACACUAGGUAAAUAAGCAUAAAUAGAAAUGUGGGCCUGAAUCAUAAAUUAUUCCAUAUUAGGAUCAUUUCAAUAACUUGCUGCUAGGUGUGUGAGUACUUAAUACUUUCCUUGGAGUGCAACGUAUCUAUGCAGUAGGGAAUCGUUUAUUAAUUAUUCCAACAAAAAUGCAAAUUGAAAUCCAGAGUCAGAGUGAGAUUGCUGCAUACAAUGAUAUAGGCUGAGAAAUAUUUAUAUUUAGAUGUCUUAAAAAGGGGCAAAAAUUUAGGGUAAGCUUUCUGCAGGUCAGUGUGUUACCUGGUAGGAGAUCUGGUGCUGUAAGUUUCCACUGAAGAUCUAAACGAGUUUGAAAAUAGUGCUCUAUGGGUAAGACCAUGGCAGUCUGCACACGUCCUUCCAACUUGUGGCUUUCUGCCAACUUGCUAGCAACAUUAUAGGACAGGAAGGGACCUGACUCCCUCUAACAAUAAACAGUGGCUGUAGCAGCUCAGCAAUAUUAAUUUAGAAAUGGAUAGCCAUUGUUGGUGGCCAUGUACUGACCUAAUUGAAAGCACAUGGUCAGGAUCCUGCAUCAUUUGCAUAUAACAGAAGAUGAACUGUUUCAGAUCUGUGCCAGACUUGUAACCCGUUUGUGUUUCAAAGGAUUUACUGGCAGAGAGAGUGCAGUGUAAACCUUUAUGAUACAGGAAAGCUACAGAAAGUGGUUGAUGAUGCUGGUGUAUGAAAGAGCAGAAGGAAUUUUGAAGGAAGGCAGAAGGGAAGGUUCAUUGUGUUAAAAGCUGUUCCACAGAUAGUUGCCUUGGGUGGAUACCACAUUUAGGGCAUCUGGAUGCCAAAACAAAGAUGUCCUGAUGGUGAGAUUAUUUAUUAGCUAAGAAAUUUUGUAAUGUUGUGCUGACCAGAUGCAUCCAAUGUCUUGAGUCACACAACAGAAGCAAGCCUGCAAUGCUGCAUAGCACAUUGGUACGUGAAACAGCCCUAGCUGCAUGUCAGCAGUCAGCAGACAGGAGUUUUGUAUCCAGAGAAAGAGAUGAGACAGGAUGGUUAGCAGGAGAUGGCCUUGGUACACAAUUAUCUGGGCAAUGCUACAGACCUUGCUUAUGUUGACCACAUUCCCCCACAGGGUGGCAACUGUGGAGUGGUGAAGUCUGACUGCCCUCUAUGACUUCUCUCUCUGUUCAUGAUAACUUUCCUGAGAUACUUCAAGAUCCCCUAAACCUGUCUAUAUCCUGAAACCUAGCUGUAGGGCAUUCAAAGGCUGGAUCCAGCUGCUUUGGUACAAACCAUGUCUAAUGAAAAGCAACUUUAUGCACUCUUCUCAUGUGACACAUUGCUGUUCUUAUUCAUUAGGUGGUAACUGAAAAGAAAUUACAUUUUCUCUUAGAUGGCUUCUUAAUUCUUGAUGUGUAACCUUCCAGUGACCUUAACAAAACUAAGAGCAUGUUGUGGAGAUGUGGAUCCUGCCUUUAUACAUAGAUAGGGUUAUAUUCAUGUUGUCUUUACUUUCCUUCUGCUAGAGUGAAACACUAGUAGAAACAGCUAAUUUUUUUAUAAGAUAAUAUACCACUGUAUAAUUAAGGGUGACAGGACGUAGUCCAUACUGCUUAAGACAAUUUAAAGUCCUAAAAAUAGAUCCCUGCACUGGUUUUAGUGGAAGAAGCAAGCUCAAAGGAUCACCUGGACAUUUUCACUGCAGGUGGGCUUCCUAAGAGUGAAGUCUUAUUUACAAGGUCUGUUCUUUGAGUAGCAUCUUUUAAACAUAAGCAGCUUAAAUACAGGAAAUAACCACGAGACACAGACCUUUAGAUAAUUGACUUGCAGACAUCUCUGUCUUUUUAUAUGAAUUUUUGAAAUGUAGUUUUCCCCAAAAGAUUAUACCACUUAGUUUGUUUAAUGUCCCUUGGUUGCACAUGAGGUUUUCUACAGCUACACUGAAACAGCAUGCUUUCUGGUGGAGUGAUUUGCUAGCACCCAGUGAGCUUCUGUCAUUUACAAGGGUCCAAGUUUUAAUCAGAAACAAACUUAUUUUAUCAUGUUUCCAUAAUUCCAGUCCAACAUACAGAUAGGAUUUUCCUCUGAUGUGAAUAUACAUGCAAAAUACAUUUUCUUCCACUAUGUGAGAAAUAUAAUCACUCAAAAGAAAGUGGACAUUAGCUAAAGAAGAGAAUUUACAGUUACCAAUAGACAAUGUUAGUUAGAUUUAUCUUCCCAAGACUCAGUGCAAUUUUCUCUUUUAGUUUUCCUUCAUUUUGCCCUUAUACUUCCUUAGUGUAUUUCAUCGUUUUGCCAUUUCUGCAGGACAUGAACUGGAAGGCACACAAUUUUACUGUGUGACAGCAAUGAUACUGAAAAUAUAGGGAAGUAUAAUUAUUGUGUAAGCAAUAUAUGAAUAUUGGGUUAAACAUGCAUUGUUGUUAGCCAAAUGACUGAGAUUGCAUACAAACCAGAAAACAGGUAUUUUUGAUCUUCCUGGUAUGUUCAUAUACAUACAUAUCCACAGGCGCAUGUCUCUGCAUGUGUACAUUGGAAUGUCUUUAGUGCAUAUUUCUGUUCUGCAGUUCAGGCAUGGUUUUCUGAGAACUUUUUACUUGUGAUUUUAAUUCUGACACCCAAGUGUAAAAUGUUUUAAUGUUUGAACUGAAAUCUGGUUUACCUAUGUUAUGAAAAGAAUGAGCUAAAUAACUUGUGCACAGAAAUGGUGUUUGAAAAAGCAAGCUUAGUUUUCUUUGGAAGUAAUUAAUAACCUACCUAAAUUCAAACUCGACUAACAGGAGCAUUUUUGUACUCUAAUUUUAUCUGCAAAUUAUUGAAGGUCGACCUCAAACCUGAAAAUGAAAAUAAAGACAAUUUUUAAAGUG